AGGCGUCAGGGCUCGUACGUCAGUUCAGGUAAGCUGGUUUCUUCCGCCCAUUGUGGUAUAUGUAUUGGUCUUUCUCCCUUCCCUCGUGCACCUGAUCCACCGACACCUACAUUCACACCCCAAUCCUCCUUUUCAUUCAUAAUAUCCCGUGUUAAACCUGUCACGACUAUAUUCCCCUCUCACUUGCUAGAGGUCACGGACAAUGUCACCAAGUGCUACCGCUUUAAAUCCUAGCUCUAACAACACAGCUCAACAUUCCGUCAUAGAGCCCGAGCCACAAAAAGAGCAAAGCUCGGAUCCGCUCUUGACCCCAUCUGCUCCGCUCCCCGAAACAGCUCCACAGCGGGCCCUAUCUAAUCAGCGCCCUGAAGCCAUGGCCGAUUCCAGCGUCACGGCCGCCGCCGCCGCCGCCGCAUCGGAAACUAAACAUGAGGCCGAGCCGCCGGUCGACAACACUACUAUCAAGCCAGAUGCGAAAUCAAUGGUUGCUGUGUCAGAAACCGCCCCGGCUUGCAAAAAACAUCCGUCCAAGGAAAAAGACCCUAACGGCCGCAAUCGCGACUCGAAAAAGAAGAGUCAUAAAUCCAAGACAUCAUCCGUAGUCACUCCUAGUGAUGACAGUUCGGACGAGUCGGAUUCCUCUGCUGAUAGCUCCAGCGCUGAGGAAUCUGCAUCCGAAGAUGAAGAAUCUCCCUCCAGUUCAUCUGAAUCGGAGCCGGAAAGGACACAUCGGCGGAGAGGGACCAAGAACAAGACAAAGAAGUCACUAAGAAGUAGUCGGAAGAAGAAGUCCCGGUCGCAAUAUGAAUCCGAGUCGGAGUCGGACUCAGACGAGAGUGAAGAUGAUGAUACUGCCCUCGAUGAGAAGGCUGUCAAGCGGCUUGUAUCCAAGCUCAGAGCGCGAAAGAAGGCUAAGAAACUCCGGUCCCAGGAAGACUCAUCAGAGGACCUGGAGGACUCAGACGAACAAGCUGACCCGGACGACAUGGCACUCUUGCUCGCUGAAGAGCGACUAGCCGCUUUGAGGCUGAAACGAGGUGAUGGCAGGCGUCGUAACAGAACUCGCGGUAAACGGAACUCAUCCGACGGGCAGACAGACGGCCAAAGAAAAUCCAAAGGCAGGAAGAAAACUGCUUCAAAGAUAGCUUUCAAGCGGGUAGAUGAAUUGUGGGACAAUACCAUUCAUAACUUCAAGCUUACAGAGACCGUGGAUGACCCAGAGGCCAAUGAAUGGGACCAAUAUCUAUUUACCGUACGCCGCAAAUUUGACUGGGAUAACAAGUACACGGAGACUGUGGUAGAUUUGAAAAGCAAGUACAUUCGCGAUGCACUCUCCAAGGUGAUGGACGGCGUUAAGGGGGUCAGCUUAGUGCAAGAGACGGCCGUCGUUGACCCCAAUAUGCUUUUCUUAUAUCUUGAAGAGACCCGCCAAUACAUGAAGGACCUAAAGCAACAGGCGAAGACGGAGAAAAAGAAAAAAGCUAAAAAAACCGCUGCAACCAAGGCGGCCCAUCUCAAGGUCCUUGUCAAGUAUCUAGAUACAGACUACGCCGAGACCAAAAAGACCCUGUAUCCGCUGCUAGAAGCCAACACAAUAACCUUCGAUCUACUCUGGGCAUUGUUCAAGCCAAACACCAUCGCAUAUACCCCAACAUACGGGAAUCAGGACGAGCCACGCGCUUUUAAACUGGAAUAUGCCACCAAGGAGUCCUCUUUCAUGAAAGGCCAAUGGUACAGCAUUGAAGGCCGCUAUCUUGAAUACGACGGGAAAUCUUUUGGCAUGGGAACAAUGCUGGCUGAUGUGGAAAGCUUUAAGGGUGCCCGCAAGAUAACCAGCCUCAACUGUUACCCGCUGAAGUACCACCGAGAGGCUGAAGACGUCAAAGCCAAGCUAAUUGAGAGAGGCAAGAAGUUUGUAUCAAUGAGAGGUAUGAACUACCGGUUCCACAAAGGCAUGGCUUUCUACAAGAAGAAGCGGUCUGUCAUCAAAGUCAACAUCAACGGAAGAGUUAUGAUCGAUCCUGCCAUUCACCGUCGGAUCAACCCUAACUAUCCUAUCAGCACUGUCCGCCCGAAAGAUGCAGACUAUCUGGAUGACUCCGACGGCGCCGGUAGUGAUGGCGGCUGCUGCUGUGUGUCAGAAUCUGACUCAGAUGAUCCGUACGUCCACCGUCGGGACUCGGAUGCCCCUAGAGUCCGGUACAAAGUCAUCCAGGACAAGGAGGGCACGCCGCACGUGGUCGAAGUUGAGCUAGAUGAAAAUGGCAAUGAAAUCCAGAAGGAACAGAUGGACGAAGUAGAGGAUCCAUCUGAGAGGGACUUCACCGAAGAGGAACUGCUGAUAGCCAGUCCGGUGGUUCUGGGAUUCGCCUUCAGCGAGAAAUUGUGGCUAGAAUUCAGCAUCUCAGGGAUCAGCGAUAUCAACUGGAAUGAAGACGCAUUCGACUCGUUGGUCCUUCCAGACAAUCAGAAAUCAAUUGUCAAGGCCCUUGUCGAAUCCCACACGUUCUGUGCCGCACAGAACAUCGACGACGUUAUUCAAGGCAAGGGCAAAGGUCUAGUUGCUGUGCUCCACGGUCCACCAGGCACAGGCAAAACACUGACGGCCGAAGGCAUCGCCGAGCUGCUCAAACGUCCGUUGUACAUGGUCAGCGCGGGAGAGCUGGGAACAGACUCCCGGACCCUAGAGGCUGAACUCAACAAGAUCCUGGAUAUUGCCCAUUCCUGGGGCGCCGUGCUUCUGCUCGAUGAAGCGGAUAUAUUCCUCGAGAAACGCACGAUCCAGGACAUCCACCGCAAUGCUCUCGUUAGCAUCUUCCUUCGUCUCCUGGAGUACUUCCAAGGUAUUCUUUUCCUGACCACUAACCGAGUGGAAACCUUCGACGACGCCUUCCAAUCCCGAAUCCACGUCGCCCUGCGAUACGGCGACCUCACCACCAAAGCGAAGCGAAGCGUAUGGAAAAUGUUCCUGGAGAAAGUCCAAGCAAUGGACGGCGUGCAAACAGCCACCUUCACCGAAAAAGACUUCGACGCUCUCGCGCGCCACAAUCUCAACGGACGACAGAUCAAAAACUCCGUCCGCACCGCGCAAGCCCUAGCCGUCAACGAGAAAAACCCCCUCUCCAUGGAACACAUCAAGAGAGUCUUAGAAGUAGCAGAAACAUUUGACCACGAUCUCCGCGGUGGAACAGGAUACAUCGAUGCAAUGAGAAGCUAUACAUGAGACACCACAUAUAUAAGAGCAGAUACGACUUACGAACGAUAACUAGCACAAGAAUAUGAGAAACGGAAUGAGAUACGAAAUGGUCGCGGUGUUUUCCUUGAGAGAUACGCUAUUCGUUGGUGAUCAGUUUAUUCUAUUAGUCUAUUUAUCUUUUGACUUGGUUUGUUGGCGGGCUGAGCGAUAGCUACUUUAUUUGAUCCUGGCCUCCUCUCCUUUUUUCGUCUAUUUCGUUCCUCUUUCGAUCAUGUGCCAUCAUUGGAGCGGGUCUUGGGUUGAUUAGUGUUUCUUGUUUUAAUUAUGAGGGAUGAAUUUACGAGGAUCUUGCAGGUAGCCUGUUUCAGAAGG